AUGGAAGUGGCGAAUUAUGAAAAAAAUUAUACAAAUGUUACAGCUGUUAAUAGAUAUAUCAGUUCGUUAUACAAUAUCAGCCAGGAGGACAGUAACUGGAUUGUCACGAGUUCCUUUAUGAUUCUGACAAUGCAAACAGGUUUCGGAAUGUUAGAGUCCGGCUGCGUGUCUCUAAAAAACGAGGUCAAUAUCAUGAUGAAGAACGUGGUCGAUAUAGUCCUCGGUGGUCUGACUUACUGGAUCUUUGGAUUCGGAUUUAGCUUUGGCAUGUACGAGCCCAACAAUCCGCUAAUUGGCAUCGGUGGUCUACUCUUGGAUCCACCCAUCGACGAUGAGUACAUGGGCUCCAUUUGCGCUGCGUUCUUGUUUCAAUUGAGCUUCGCCACCACCUCCACGACCAUCGUCAGCGGUGCUAUGGCUGAGCGAUGUAACUUCAAGGCGUAUUGCCUCUUUUCGUUUCUCAACACGAUCGUGUACUGCCUGCCAGCCGGAUGGGUAUGGGGCGACCACGGCUUCCUGAACCGCAUGGGAGUCGUCGAUAUCGCCGGCUCGGGACCAGUGCAUCUGGUUGGCGGUGUUUCAGCGCUCGCUUGCGCGAUCAUGCUUGGUCCCAGAGUAGGCAGAUACGACAACGGCAUCGACCCCUUACCGCUGGGAUGUCCCGUCAACGCGAUUAUGGGAUUAUUUGUAUUAUGGUGGGGCUGGCUAGCGUUCAACAGCGGCAGUACUUAUGGAGUAACCGGCGAUCGGUGGAAGUACGCCGCUCGAGCGGCAGUUUCGACAAUGAUGGGCAGCAUGGGAGGCGGUUUGGUCGGUCUAGGGUUCAGCUUGACUAAUCCGAAUGGCAUUGAUAUCCUUAGCCAGAUAAAUGGUAUCCUGGGCGCACUGGUGGCUAUUACCGGUGGAUGUUUUCUAUAUUCAGCCUGGGAAGCGAUGGUAAUUGGCAUGAUAGGUGGUUUUAUUACGUGUAUCUCGAUGCCAGCGUUAGAUAAAAUUCGCAUAGACGAUCCUGUUGGAGCCGCUGCCACUCAUGGUGCGAGUGGUAUUUGGGGAGUAGUCGCCAUAGGCUUAUUCGCUGACAAUCCAUAUCCUCUCGAUACUACCAGUGGAAGAAAGGGUUUGUUCAAAGGAGGAGGCUGGUAUCUGUUAGGAGUACAAAGCUUGUCUGCACUCUGUUUAUCAGCUUGGAGUUUCAUCAGCUCCAUCAUAUUAUUAUGGCUCAUAGACAAAGUAAUACCGAUUAGAAUGUCAGUCUACGAGGAAGUUCUCGGGGCGGAUCUGGUAGAGCAUAGGAUACGUCAUUCGCAGAUAGGUGUAAGUCGCGCUAUGUCGGCACUUCGCCCGUUUACCAUGGAGAAACAAUUAAAGGCCGUACAUCCCGUGGGCAUAAAUCCCGGUCACGAUUCUUAUCUUAUUCGGCAUAAGAGUAAAAAGUUGGAGAAUUUUUUGAAAUCCGAAAAACAGUCGUCGAAGAAAUUGGUGAAAAAAAAUUCUCAAAUUCAAACGAUAGCGGACUCCAAGGUGGCGGCGACGAAGCCAAAGUUUGCGUGGGUGGAUUAGAGAAAGGAGCAAGAAUCCAUAACGAGAUUUCUACUGAUAUGCUUCAAGUGUAAAUUUAUUACAAAUGUAUAAACAUAUGUACGUGCACGUUCGAAUUCUGUUGCAUUCUAAUACACUUGAACAACGUGUGCGCGCGAAAAACCACACAUUCCACAAUAAAUAUUUAAAUUUUUACCCAUACGCACACAUGUAUUAAAUAAAUAUUUAUCGCGCGCGCGCACACACACACGCGACGCAUUUACGGCAAAGAGAUAAAUAGAUCACAGACAAACUGAAUUUUAACACGAUAUAUCGUUAUAUACGUGUGGCACGGAUAUUAUGGAAUAAUUUUACUAAUUGUUCGUUACAUUCAGUAAGAUGCCUAUAUUAAUACUUGUGGAAAAUAAACUAUUUCCAU